AUAAUGUUUACCUUUGUUGUGUUUACCUUUUAAAUACUUAUAAAUUGAAAAUUAGUCCAUAUGAUUACUUAUUAUAAGAUGAAUUAAAUUCUACUAAUAAAAAGUUACGAUAAUUUUAUUGUAAAUAUGGACUCGCUCUUCUACUCUGUAUUAUGCCCAAUAUUGUGGAUCCCGUUGAUUCAUUUUACUGUCUGGCAUCAGCCCCAACUCUUAUGAUAUCAUUCCAUCUAAUUGUGCUUUAUGUUGUGGACCAAGUACAACCUGAAGCGGAGUUCUAUUACCUUGUUAUGCAGUUAUUUGUAACAACAAUCGCAUUAUUGAACCUUAUAUUUGUCGGAAGAUUGAUUGGAGCUGUCUAUGGACUGUUUUAUGUUGAUUUAAUAAUUGCAUUUAUCAUGGAUUUGAACUACAUACGUAAACAGCAUGGUUUUAAAUUUUGAUGUUUUUUUUUCUAUGCAAUUGGAGUUCAUUAGAAACACAUUUAAAUGCGGGAUAGUGAAGAGGAAAUUGUCCUAUCAACAAACAGUACAACUCAGAGAUAGUCGGAACCAUGUACUCCCAAGAUAAUGAUAAUAAACCACGCUACAAACUUCAUACAAUGAAUUAUAUUGUUAAAAUACUUUUGAGAAUAAUAGGCAGAACACGUAGGUUAACAUUAUUUCAAUUGUUAUGGAUUACUGUGGUGAUAAUUAUAUAUACAUUAUGGAUGUGGAAUGGUGAAUCUGUGGAACAAAAUACACACAAUCCUGUGAUACUGUGGUGGACUGAAAGUUUUCCUGGCACAUCCGAGACAAGACAUUGUUCUAAUGGAAUAAGAUGUGAUAUUUUUAGUAACAGAAACAUAAGUGAUUUGUAUAAUGUUGAAGCAAAUUUAUUUUAUGCCAGUAACAUUAAAUUUGAUGAUUUACCUUUACCUCGGCGUCCCAAAGAGGUUAUAUGGGGACUUUACCAUGAGGAAUCGCCUAGAAAUGUUGAAGAGAUGAUGCAUGAAGAUGUUUUGAGCUUAUUUAACUACUCAUCGACAUUUAGUCGUUUCAGCGAUGUACCAUUUCCAUUGCAAUACUUAAAUUCGUUUGAAGAUAUAACAAAUAUAAAAUACUUUGUGCCAACUGUGGAAAAAAAUAAGUAUUUAAAUGAAAUUUCUCCCGUGAUGUACCUUCAGUCAGAUUGUGAAACUUCAACUGAAAGAGAUAUUUAUGUUAAGGAGUUAAUGAAAUAUAUAGAAAUCGAUUCGUAUGGUAUUUGUUUAAACAAUAAAAAACUUCCAAUAAAAUUCACAGAAGAUUAUUUGAACAAAUUACAUGAUAAUGAAUUUUUAAGCUUUAUUGCGAGAUAUAAAUUUGUUAUUGCCAUAGAAAAUGGUAUAUGUAAUGAUUAUGUUACUGAGAAAUUUUGGAGAGCUAUCAAAGUUGGUACUGUGCCUAUUUACUUCGGAUCUCCAUUGAUUAAGGAUUGGUUUCCUAAUAACAAAUCAGCUAUACUUUUAGAAGACUACCCUACACCAAAAAUUAUGAGCAAUUACAUUAAUAAACUGAUGAACGAUGAUAAAUUGUAUGAGUCAUAUUUGGAACAUAAAACAAAAGGACUUGUUACAAACACAAAACUUACGGAUGAGAUAAAAAAUAGACCAUAUCAAAUAGAUGUUUUAAAAACUGCAACAGAGUUUGAAUGUUACGUGUGUGAAAAGUUACAUCAAAGGCGAAAGGGUAAAUUAGAUCAAAGUAUUGUGAACAAAAACCAUUACGAUUGUCCGAAACCAUUAUCAGCACUUACUUUACAAGUGAAUCCUUUGAACUCUUGGGCGUAUUCAUUCGAGACUGCAAAACAGAACGCAGCAUCGAUACGCAAGAAAAUCAUGACUGUUAAUUAGAUAUUUAUACAAUUUAUUUUUAAAAUAUAUAUAUUUUUUUACAAUUUUUUAUUGCUUCGUUUGUUUACAAUU